AUGAAGUUGUCGAAGCAGUGCGAUGAAAUGUACGCCAUUGCCACCUAUAAACCGCUCAAUAUUCUUCUAGCACUCUUUGUAAUUUCCUCAAUAAUCGGCAUCCCGUUGAUGUUGUAUUUUAUGCACUCGGUGGCGCGAAAUCCGCUACAUCAUUUCAACACGAAAGUCCUUCUUAUUGCCUAUGGCAUUUCGAUAAUUAUUCAUCUCGGCGACAGGGUGAUUUAUCAUAGUUGGGAUUUGUACGAUUAUUGGGUGACAAUGUACAAAUACUCGCCGUGCCAUAUACUUUCGACAGCGCAAAGAUGUUUUUUUAUUCGAUUAUUUUUCAAUUUCGGCAUGUGGUUUUCAAUCAGCACGAUUUUUUCGAUAUCUUUGGAGAGGCUCAUCGCGACGCGUAAAUCGACAACGUAUCAACACGACCGAAAAUGGGGAUUCAUCAUACUGUUCAUACAAAGUUUGAUGACGAUCAUUUUACUCAUUUUUAUGUAUUGGGGAACAAAACGAGAAGGCUAUCGGGAAUAUUGCAUUGCGGCCAAUCCGCAAGCUUCAUCCUUCUCAUUUUUCUCGUUGGCGUUGGCGACAUUCCUUCAAAUUUUCGCGGUUUUGAUCUACCGAUACCUAUUAAGCGUCAAUCAAAAAAGCAAAAUCUCACCGGAUAGUCUGACAUUGAACAGUCGCUAUCAUAUAAGAGAAACAUUGAGGAGUUUGGAGAACUUGUGGCUUCCUUCAAAAAUUUUCCUAUUCGUCCAAUUAUAUUUCAGCUGCGGCUCGUUCAUUCUACUCUACCACAGCAGAUAUAUAACGGGACCAAAAUUCAUAUUUCUGAUAGAGAGUUUUAUUUUGCUUCCGCAAUAUUCCAUCGCAUUUCCAUUGCUCGUUAUUUAUUUGGACCGAAAACAAAGUAAAGCGGUAAUGCGAUUUUUUUAA